UCACGGGAUGCAACAGUGUUUGUUAAAAUCUGUCAACACACGGGUCUAAAUUGGGUAGCGGCACUGCCAUUAGCGUAUGACGCCGCAUGAGUUAGUCACGGGCAGACAGAUGCCAACACCUUGUUUGCCUACAAGCGGAAAGGGUCCGAGUCUGUUUCUUUUGGAAGACGAAAUGAGAGCAUUCGUCAGAUAUUUGACCACUCUCCAUUGAAGUAUAUCCACGUAUGUUUCUGACAGGCAAAAACAGCGGUGAAAGGGAGGCUCGAGGAACAAAAGAGAAACAAGGCCAAAUUCUUGGUGACCUGUAGUCGGCUACAUCCACAACCUGCAUCUGGACUAGAAGCUAAGCAGAUGAGGGAAAGACCUGCUUGCCCCCCCUGGAAACAGCACUGGUGGUGAUAAAUGUCAGAAAGCCGGGCCAGCAGCAGCAGCAGCUUGCUAUUCCUGGACGUGACUGCUUUUCGGUCACGCAGAGCAAAGUGAGGAGGAGCAGAGCACGCGGGCUGAGGGGCUCUGCCGUCCUCGCGCCAGCCUCGUUUUUAAUUCCUGCGUUACAAACUUAAGAAGUGGAUCUGCUACACACACACUCACUCACACAGGGCUUCCUCCUGAGUGCCGCUGUCGUCGGGGUCCGUCUUCAGCUGUGCGGCAACUCAUCAGACGCCAGUUAAACAUGUCGUCUUCAUACGCUGCCGCUAUAGCGGCCCUCAUUACAACCAGGUCUUUGGACCCACCCAUCAAACCCAGCCCUCGCCCCUCCUCACAGACCGCAAGGAGGCCUAAACCUUCCCCCCUGCUCAGCAAAUCUGCCCUCUGCCCUCCAGCUGCACAGAUACACCCUCAUGCCCCUGAGCCUCUGGCAUCAUAUGAUGAGCAACAGGAGAACCCUGCAGACUACGGCAUAGGUGGUUACUACCAGGUAGAGAUUGGAGAGAUUUUCGCUGACCGCUACCAAGUGGUGAAGAAGUUGGGAUGGGGUCACUUCUCUACUGUGUGGCUCUGCUGGGACAUGGAGAGGGGGCGUUUUGUGGCUCUGAAGGUGGUGAAGAGCGCUCAAACAUUCACAGAGACGGCCCUGGAUGAGAUCAAACUUCUGAAAUGUGUAAGAGACAGUGACCCCAAAGAUCCAAAACGUGAGAGAAUCGUGCAGCUCAUCGAUGACUUCAGGAUCACUGGAGUAAAUGGAGAGCAUGUGUGCAUGGUUCUAGAGGUGCUGGGCCACCAGCUGCUGAGGUGGAUCAUCAAAUCCAACUACACAGGCCUCCCCCUGCCCUGUGUUAAGAGCAUCCUCAGACAGGUUCUGCAGGGUUUAGAUUACUUGCACACUAAAUGCAAGAUUAUCCACACAGACAUCAAGCCGGAAAACAUCCUCCUCAGAGUAGAUGAGGUUUACAUUCAGAAGCUGGCGGCCAACACCAAGCUGUGGCAGCUGCCGGUGUCCUCUGCCUUCAGCAGCUCUUCAGAGGACGGAAGCUCCAGAGGAAAACAGCUGUCCAGCUUGGUGGGGAAGCUGACUGGGGUGUUCCGCACUCUCAGGGAGUGGUCCAGCAAGAUCUCCAAGACCCCGAUUAAGCGACUGACAAGGAAAGACAGGAGUCGACGAGGACGGGACAGUGCAUCUGACCGCCAUCAAAAAGACAAACUUCAUGUGUCGUUCGCCGAUGCUCCCUCUAGCACCCAUAGCUCCACCGCUCACUCUAAACUCACGGGCCCUAACCUCACAUUGAGGAGGCAGACCCUGCUAUUUGAAGACGGGCUGGACUGGGAUCCACACGGCCACAGAGACUCCGUCUGCUCGUGGCCAGACCUCAACACAGAUGCUCCUGCCUCUGGCUCUAGAUCAGUGUUAUCACAUCAGACAGCAGCCAAAGAGCCUCCUCCGCCAUCACCAUCCUCUCUCCGUGGUAUCUGUGACUCAGAUGUACUUCUGGACCUGCUAAAGCCCCAGAAUGCUGAUAAAAUCCUCAUCAAGAUUGCUGACCUGGGCAACGCCUGCUGGGUGCACAAACACUUCACUGAGGACAUCCAGACAUGUCAGUACCGCUCUGUGGAGGUUCUGAUUGGUGCUGACUAUGACACACCGGCUGAUAUCUGGAGCACCGCCUGCAUGGCUUUCGAGCUGGCCACAGGGGAUUAUCUGUUCGACCCGCAGUCAGGAGCCACGUUCUCUCGCGAGGAAGAUCACAUUGCUCACAUCAUUGAGCUGCUGGGACCCCUUCCUCCCCAGUUUACUGUCUCAGGGAGAAAUUCUAAACGAUACUUCAACUGUAAAGGACAACUGCGACACAUCUCCAAACUGAAGCCGUGGAGCUUGCUGGAGAUCCUGCUGGAUAAGUACGAGUGGCCGCGGGAGGAGGCCGCACAGUUCAGCUCGUUCCUCCUGACGAUGUUGGAGCUGCUGCCGGAGGAAAGAGCCACUGCUGCCCAGUGCCUGAAGCACCCGUGGGUCGCCUCCUAGACACGCCGGCUGCGUCUUGUUCAGAGCUCAGCGGACUAGCUCUCUGUUCAGGAGCGGGCUCGGACACGUCGCAUGCGACCUGGGACUCGGACAGCAGCAGCCUGGUGCCGGCAUCAUGAGCACAGCUUUCAUGAAUAUUUAUUAGCCUGAGUGAGAGCCUUUCCCCAGCUGGAUCGCUUGGUGUUUUAGCAUAUUAAUGUCAGUCACAUUAUAUUAGGCACAACUAUGACAAAAGAGGAGUUGUGUCUUACUGCAAAACUGCUGUGACAUGAUAGCAAAGUUCUUGAAUUUCAAUAAACUGACAUAAGAAUGGUUUUAAUGUUGUUUUUAAGAAAGGAGAAUCAAGUCUUCAGCUUACAGAAAUGCCUGUUUAAGUGCUGAAAGGUUGUGGAUUUACUCACACAGCUCUCAGAAAUGUCAACUUGAAAGAUUACCCUGAUGACGCAACAAAGAAAAUAUACAUGCUGUCUUAUUAAAAA